UCUGGCCAAUAGUGGUUCUCUUGACGUGAGAUAUCUCUCAAAAUGGUGAACGUUCCAAAGAACCGCCGCACAUACUGCAAGAAGUGCAAGAAGCACAUGAACCACAAGGUCACCCAGUACAAGGCUGGUAAAGCUUCACUCUACACUCAGGGUAAGAGGCGUUACGACAGGAAACAGAUGGGAUAUGGAGGACAGACCAAACCUAUCUUCCGAAAGAAGGCCAAGACCACCAAGAAGAUUGUACUGAGGAUGGAAUGCACAGACUGUAAAUUCCGCAAGCAGCUUCCCAUCAAGAGGUGUAAGCACUUCGAGCUGGGAGGAGACAAGAAGAGGAAGGGACAAAUGAUCCAGUUUUAGAUGCGCACCACCCAGAGAGUACCAACCUGCCUUCUUGCGUUCACUUCACCUCAUACUCAAAGAUGAUUCCUCAUCCUCUCAACCAUACAAACACUUCGGAUCUGUCCCACCUGUGGUCAUCACCAACAGUGAGCUUAUCUCUGUCCUUGGGCGCCAUCUUUACAUCGUCUCUCCAGAGCGAAAAGGGUGUUAACUCUGUCUUAAAGUACAUGACGUUAAUGCCUUUCUUGCUCCAACCAGAUGACCUCUCUAGUGGUUAUAAAGAUAAGCAGCUUUUUGAGGGCACUUUGUAAUCCAUUUGGAGAUGUCUACAUUGCUUUAGAGAGGUAGAAUGAACCCAUCAGAAGCUAUGGACAGAAAGAGGUGGACAGUAAAUACUCCAAGAGAACUCUCACCAUAUUGAAUGCAGAUAAAUCUCACAAAAUCUGUAAACAACAUCUUGGAACAAUGAAUAAAUUUGCAGAUUAUUCGCCACAAAAA